AUUUGAAAUUGAGCUUUCCAUGUUCCUUUUUAUGUUGGUGACUUUCCGCCGCUUACUUUUAUGAGCAUGAAUUAAAAAUUAUUUGGGAUGUUUCUCGCAGAAUUUCUCAUAUUAUCUAUGAGAUACCACUCCAACACAGUUUUUCUUAGAACUUUGUUUUUUGUUUUUUUGUUUUUAAAUUUGUGAACGAUGUCUGAAUUAGGGUCUUUCUCUUACAGGUUUGGUUGAAGAUUUUGUACCGCUUGCUCAUGCUAAUUGGACAUGGCAUGAGUAGUCGGAUUGCCUUCUUGGAUGCCCAGAACAAUCGCAUGUUAGCUUCGUCCUCUGUUUUCAGAAGGCAGCAGUUCCUCAUAAGGACGCUCGGAGGAUACACCGAUAACAUUUGUCAGAGAAGAAUUCUACGACAAAUAAAAUCAAUGGCGGUUGGAACUGCUUCAGAGGCUGAUGCCGAGAGCAUUUUGAGAACGAUAACUCCAACCUUAGAUCCAAGUAGACACAAAGGCCAAGCCGGGAAAAUAGCUGUUAUUGGUGGCUGUCGUGAGUACACAGGCGCACCAUAUUUUGCUGCUAUUUCAGCUUUAAAAAUUGGUGCGGAUUUGUCUCAUGUUUUCUGUACAAAAGAUGCUGCUCCAGUUAUAAAAAGUUACAGUCCUGAAUUAAUUGUACAUCCUCUUUUAGAAGAAUCUUACAGUGUUAGAGAUGAGGACAGAAGAUCAAUCUCGAGCAAGGUUCUCGCUGAGGUUUAUAAGUGGAUGGAAAGAUUUGAUUGUCUUGUUGUAGGACCAGGCCUUGGAAGGGACCCUUUUCUUCUGGAUUGUGUGAGUGAAAUCAUGAGGCAUGCUAGACAAUCAAAUAUCCCUAUUGUUGUGGAUGGGGAUGGACUUUUUCUUGUUACGAACUCUCUUGAUUUGGUUAGUGGAUACCCCUUAGCCAUCCUGACUCCAAAUGUCAAUGAAUACAAGCGUCUUGUUCAAAAAGUCCUAGAUUGUGAAGUGAGUGAUCAAGAUGCACCUGAGCAAUUAAAAUCUCUUGCCAAAAGGAUUGGUGGUGUAACUAUUUUACAGAAAGGAAAAUCUGAUCUUAUAAGCGAUGGGGAGACAGUUAAUUCCGUGAGCUUCUCUGGUUCUCCUCGCCGCUGUGGUGGCCAGGGUGAUAUACUUUCUGGAAGUGUUGCGGUAUUUUCAUCUUGGGCACGUCAAUGUAUCUUUGCCGCUGAAAAGAACCAAAGUAUCAGAAGACCAACAAAUCCCAUGUUGUUGGGUUCUAUUGCUGGGUCUGCUUUACUGCGGAAGGCUGCCUCGCAUGCCUUUGAGAUUAAUAAAAGGGCAACCCUUACAAGUGACAUUAUUGGGUGCUUGGGAAGAAGUUUGGAGGAUAUUUGUCCUGCAAGUUAAAGUUGUUGUUAUGUGGAGAGAAAACUCGAGUAAUUAUUCCUGCCGGCCGUUGUCAAGUGGACUCGCUAUUUUGUGUUGUUUUCUCAGGUUCGAUCAGCCUCUGCCUGUGGUUGGCGGGGGGAAGAGACGAAAGCGAAAUUGCAGAUACAAACUAGGAGAGCGGAAUAAGGGAAAUCCCCAGCUGAUGAUAACUCUGUGAAUUAGUAUUUUUUGGUUUUGUAGGUUUACCUAAUAGCUGUCCUGGUUGAUGUUUACAGGCGCCCAAAUAUGCAUAAGCCCUUGUGUUUUUCUGUCUGUUUUUGUUUCAUAAAACAGUAAGUACAGUGCAUUUUGACCCCUCCCUUUUUGAAUUCGGUCACAUAUUUAUUUGACAAUACUUGGACGCAACAAAAAAUUAUAACAGUUUUACAGUAAUCUCAAUAAUAAGAAUCUUAAACAUUUACAAAAA